CCCGCAGUGGAGACAGCCCCGCUCGGCCCCGGGACCCCGUGCUACCUGUCAUGUUUGUGCCGUGCGGUGCCGCGGCGCGCCGCGACUUCAGAGGCUUUACGCUGCUUAUGCCAUCUGUAUCAGUGGGAAAUGUUGGCCAACUAGCGAUAGACUUGGUUAUUUCUACACUUGACAUGCCUAAAGUGGGUUACUUCUACACUGAUUGCCUUGUGCCAAUGGUUGGGAAUAAUCCGUAUGCAACAGCAGAAGAAAACUCAGCAGAAUUGAGUAUAAAUGCGGAAGUAUAUUCAUUACCUUCUCAGAAGCUUGUGGUUCUUCAGAUUAGAUCACCAUUUAUAAAGAAUAAAUAUAUGUCCUUUUGUCAAACUGUUCUUUCUUGGGUGAAAAGCAGUAAAUGCGCCAGAGUUAUUCUUCUGUCUAGCAGUCAUGCAUACCAGCGUGAUGAUCAGCAGCUUCAUGGUACACCACUGAGGUAUUUGCUCUCACCUACAAUUCAGAAAACAGUUGGAGAUCAGAUGCAGGAACUAAACUGGAAAGAGAUGGAAAAAGUAGCAGCUUACCCUGAAAUAAACAAUGCAGAGAAGGUUCUACAUAUCCCUGGAGGUGGCAUCACAAAGUUAUUGUUCACUGAGAGUUGUUCUAAAGGAAUCCCAAUGGCUGUUCUACUGAAAUUUUGCUCAGAAGGGGAUAAUAUCCCUGAUGCACUUGCUCUGGUUAACUAUCUUAAUGAAUGGCUCCAGCUAAUUAAAAGUGAAAUUUUUCUCCUGCCUGAAAAAUACAUCAUCAAAUAGAAAACUAUAAGGACCAAUUCCAAGUCUUGUAAUCUACAGCAAGUGGCCUGUAAUGGAUGUGCAGAUGUUUGUUAGCGAUUUUUUUUGUAAAAGGUGCAUGCAAGUUGUGAGAAGCUAUUCAUCUGAAUGUCAAAGCACUAUUAUUUUUCAAGAAAACAAUACUUGUAUGUAUGGCACAGGGGUGAGGAGUGGGAGGGAGAGGGGGAGGUCACAGUUAAGAUUUGAAUCAGAAGCUCAAGAUCAUUUCAGAACCUAGCAUGCCAGUUGGCAUUUCAGAUUCUAAUACAUGGAAACUGUUAAAAAUAAGCACUCUUGUGAUUGUCAAGCACCACAGAAAUAUCAACAAUAUAAUCACAUUGCUUAGACUGUUGUAAUGUUCUAAAACCUU